CCAAAUCCACAAGUUAUUCACAAAGAAACAACUGGAUUCCCAGUAACAGCUGAACAACGAGUUAUUCUUCGAUGUCUUCAACCACCACCUCUACCACCACCAGAACCACUCAUUAUUAUAGAAAAACGUCCAGACCAACCACCACCAUCUCCAGCACUUGUGAUACAUGAACACCAACCAGCUGUUAGUACACCGCCUCCACUUAUCAUUCGUGAACGGCCACCAGUACCACCGCCACGGGCGCCCAGUGAAACAAUUACUCGUUGGUUACCUCCUGUGCCACUUCCACCACGAUCACUUGUCAUCGAGCGUUUUCCAGCUUCGGAAACACUACAGGAUAUUAUAAUUGAACGAUGGCUUCCAUAUGGAUCUGCACAAGAACGCCGUACGAUUGUCCAACCAGCUCCUCCUGCUAUGAAAUAUCCACUGCCAACUCAUACAGUUAUUAUUCACGAUAAGGCUCCAACACGUAUAGUUCGAAAAAUUGAAAAAGCUGGUGUUACUCAGGAAGAUCCUGACGCUUAUGUACGUCGUUAUGGCUCAUCACUUUUGGAUUCAGCCGCAGUUCUUGAACGGGCUCGUCAAGCAGGUGUUAUUGAAGAUAUAACAUGCACAUGUUCACAAGCAUCAGGUUCAAUAAUUGUAACUAAUCAGUUCAGUACUUGCGAAACAAAUGAAAAUAAUCAAAUGAAUAUAAUCAACCAAUGUGGCUGCUCAUGCGGAGGAAGAUGUCGGUGUGCAUACCGGGAAACAUGUUCUACAGGAAUGCAAGGGUAUUCUAUCACAGAAGCUUCUGCUAGUGCUCAAGCAUAUUCUAUGACAGAAGCUUCUGCUAGUGCUCAGAGAUAUUAUUCAUCAUCCGAAUCGCGCCGUAUUGAUUGUAAUACCUCAUGUAACUGCAUUGCUAUACAAAACAGCGAUUUUGUUGUCGAUUAA